GGGGUGGAGGGAAAUUGGGAUAAAAAAAGAAGAAGAAAGCAAAACAAACUUAAAAUGUGUAGACAGAAAUUGUUGUCCCUGACUGGCGUGGGCGUCUGUGUAUGAAUGUGUUUGUGAGAAAAUGGAAGCUGCGAUGGGACUGAUGCGGAGGAUUCCUCCGAAACACACAGAAACAGCUCUGUCAGCGCUUCUGAGCCUUAUGCCUGACAACUCCUCCGAUCUCCUCUCUCAAGUCGAUCAGCCCCUCCAGGUUCUGUGCGAUGUGGAAUGCGGCAAGGAGUUCAUUUUGUGCGAAUACAAUAGAGAUGCCGACUCUUACAGAUCACCUUGGUCCAAUAAAUACCAUCCACCAUUAGAAGAUGGGUCCCUCCCUUCUUCAGAGUUGCGGAAGCUUGAAAUUGAAGCAAAUGACAUAUUUGCAAUAUAUCGUGACCAGUAUUAUGAAGGUGGCAUUUCAUCAGUUUACAUGUGGGAAGAUGAUAAUGAAGGUUUCGUAGCCUGCUUUUUAAUAAAGAAAGAUGGCUCAAAGACAGGGCAGGGCCGACGGGGAUAUUUAGAGGAAGGUGCAUGGGAUGCUAUACAUGUUAUAGAGGUGGGACCAGAGGAAGAAGAAAACACCAAUUAUCGUUUAACCAGUACAGUUAUGCUGACUCUGACUACAAAUAAUGAGUCAUCCGGAACUUUCAGUUUAUCUGGUUCAAUUAGGCGUCAGAUGAGUAUGAAGCUAUCAGUUGCUGAUGGGCAUCUUUGUAACAUGGGAAGGAUGAUUGAAGAAAUGGAGAGUAAGCUGAGGAACUCACUAGAUCAGGUAUACUUUGGGAAAACAAGAGAAAUGGUUUGCACACUGAGACCACCAUCUGAAGUGGCACAGUUGAGAAUGCCUGAUAGCGCCUGAGAGCUGAUGUGCCGUUACUUGGUGUAGCAGAGAGAAAUUUACUUUGUUUUAGCGUAUUGGCUGGUAACUUGUGUCACAGUAUUUGAAGGUAGGUAGUUUCACAACGGUUGGUGUUUCUGGUGGGUGGCCAUGGUUCUACAGAGGUAGUUCUUUUUGUUAUUUGAGUGUCAAUUGUUGUUUUCUGUAGUGGAUAAGCAUCAUGUUUGUUGUUGAUACUUGACUGAUGAUUCAACAAAACAGUGAAAUUCUAAAACUGGUGCCUAGGAGAAUGCUUGACAUGAUACCCUUGUGUGGAAAUGAAUCAAAUGAUAUCUCGUGCCAUUACAACUUA